CACCUUCCUCAAACCUGCGGCCGCUGGAGCCGGGCGGGGCAGCUCCGCCCCGCCUGGUGCGGGGCCCGGGCGAGCUGGGCUGCGCACGGCUUCCCGAGGAGCCGGCAUGGACACGGAGUCGUUCCUCGGAAACACCCUAUGAAGUCCCAGAGCACAUACCAAUGGAAGGUCCUUUGCAAACCUUCGUUCACGUGUGCCAUGAAAACGGUCAAUGGAUGUCACAGUUACCAGAGAAGCUCUGGGAUAUUCCCCUCUAUAACUUAGCUCUUCCAGGGAGUCACGAUACUAUGACCUACUGUUUGGAUAAAAGCUCUGCUGUUAGUGGCAAUGAGUCCAAGCUGGUGAAGUUUUUAAACAAAUGUCUGCCCUGCAUUGUGCGCCCCAUUAUCAUGAAGUGGUCUAUAACACAGGUCCUGACUGUGACAGAGCAACUUGAGGCUGGAGUUAGAUACCUGGAUUUCAGGAUUGCCCACAAGGCUAAUGAUCCUUCUAUGAAUUUGUACUUCGUGCAUAUGGUUUACACAACUGUUACUGUGCAGGAUAUUCUGUGGCAAAUAUUGAGGUGGUUAGAAACUCAUCCUCAGGAAGUUGUUAUCAUAGCCUGCAGGAAUUUUGAUGGAUUAACCAGAAGACUUCAUAAUCAUCUUGUUGCCUGUAUAAAAGAGAUCUUCCAGUGUAAACUGUGUCCUAGAAAUGUGGUGCCCACACUGCGGACCAUGUGGCACCUUGGCCACCAGGUUAUAGUCUCGUAUGAAGAGGAGGUGGAACUGGGGAAGCACUGUGAGCUGUGGCCUCCCAUCCCAUACUGGUGGGGAAACAAAACCUCCACUCGUGCUCUUAUCCGGUAUUUGGAGCGCAUGAAGCGGAUGGGCCGGCCAGGAAAAUUCUUUGUGGCAGGAAUUAAUCUUACUGAAAAUUUAAGGUAUAUUCUCGUACACCCAUUUGGAUCAUUGAAGAAAAUGACACUCCAGAGUCUUCCAUGUUUGAAAAUCUGGAUAAAGCAGCAGUAUCCAGGACCAAAAAGAAAAUGUAUUAACAUCAUUGCUGGAGACUUUAUAGGAAACAAUGAUUUUGUCAAAGAUGUGAUAGAACUUAACACAAAAAUUAAUCCUCCAUUGCUCUGUCAAAGUGAAGUGGAACAAAUAGCAUUUAGUUCUCAGCUUCCCAAUCUAUGAAAAGUUGAAAAGGCUUUGUCUGCAUUUAUUGUGCCCUGCUGUAAACAUCCUGAAUCCCAUAAAGGUCCACUUAAAUUAAACCAGUAAUGCUUUCAAGGCUUAGUAGGAAAAGGUCUCUCAACACCAUCAGGGUUUUGAGGCCUUUGGACAGAAACGAGGGCAGGUACUUUGCUGAAGUCUCUAAAGAACUACGGCAUAGGUGUAAUUUCUUUGGAGAUGCUUUGAUUCUGUAGCAACUGGCAAUACUAAAAGUCCCAAGAACUCAAUCUUAUUUUUCAUAGGACUAAGAAGGAGGAAAAUAUCAGUAGGUGCACGAUUUAGUGGUAAGAUUUUAUCUUUCUUAUAAUUGUAAGGACAUUCUGCACUAAUUGCAACCCAAAUCCUUACUCUUUUAUAUCAGUCUGAAAUUGACUUGUUGGUUUUCAUAGUUUCUAUUAAAUAAACAAAAGGAACAGUUUAAAAUAUUUUUAAUAUCUCAGAGAUGCUGCACUGACAAUCCAAUUUGAAAUUAUCUUACAUAUACACACCAAUGUGCUGAGUAUCAGUUGUGAGCUACCUUACAAACAGGGUAGCCCCAAAGUUAUUUGGAAUUUUUAAGAGGUAAUUGAAUUUGCACUUAGUCAUGCCAGUUCUGCAGGGAUAAAGAUACCAAAAUGAGGCCCUUACACAGUUUGUCUGUGGCAGUUAAACAUUUUACUAGGUGUUGCCUAAGUAUGCCUUACACUGAAAAUAAACACAGAGGAAACAAAUUCCUGAUCUUAACUUAAACUGCCCUAGAAAUACAGAUUCUUGGCUUCUAUCAUGCUCAUUUGGGGUUUCACACCUGGUCUGUUAUUUAGCUAUUCUAGUAGCUCUGUAAUUAUUUUUCCUCUCACUAAGUAGUUUUUGCCUAUGUCAAAACUAAGAGGUUUAUGUUAUUUCCCAUCGCAUACUAAAAUUCUGUUUUUCUAAAUGAACAGUGUAAUAACAGAUCAUCAUGAAAGCAAGAAAAAUGUCAAACAUCAGGACUAAAAUAAAACCAAUUAUUGUGUAAAGUUCACUAUGCAACUUCAUCCAUAUACCUCACUUUUGAGA